AUGACCUAUCCUCUGCUGACGCCCUCGUCCAAGUUUAUCGUAGACCACCAAGGCAGGAAACGGUUUCUUGGUCCUUCGUCCACUUGGGUAUACAGCCAUCAUGUAAUGGGCAUGAUCAGAGAAUAUGUGGAGCACGAGCUCUCACCCGGAGUCCCACUAAAUCACGAUGGUGUUGCUUUCAACAUAGAGCUACCGAGUAUGAAGGAGACUGAUCUUGUUGUCAACAUCGAAGGCCUGCCUUCCCUGGACUAUGCCCUUUACCUCACCAACACGGUCAAGUUUCACAUCGUCCAAACUCACCACCUAUUUGACGAGCAAAGGUUCAUGCCAGCUCUCCAUUCACUAUACAACGAUGGUCCACCGCUGGUGACUGCUGGGAACAAGAUGUGGUAUGUCCAGUACUUCCUUAUCAUGGCUCUAGGUAAGGGACUACUCACCCGUGGUAUGUCCAAGGCUGGCUCGCCGAGAAAUGAGUAUUUCAUGAGAGCCAUGGAGCUAUUCUCAGAUACAUAUGGACUUUACAUAGAUCAUAUCUUGUCGAUCGGGGUGUGCUGCAGGCUUGCUUUGUACCUUCAAGCUGUUGAUCACCGCAACAGUGCUUACGUCUAUCUUGGAAUGGGUCUUCGGAUAGCACUUAGUCAAGGUCUAUACCGUGGCAUUGCUGGAGACUCCGCAGACGAUCCUGAAGUAAGGCGAUACCGCAAUGCAUGGCCAAUUCUCAUGUGUAUACUACGAGACAAGCUGGAGAAGAGCAGACAUGAUAAUAAUGCCGACGCUGAGAUUGCUGAGCCUAUCAAGGCUUUGGUUAGAACCUGUUACGACUCAGCUCACAAAUCACUACGUAUCUUGACUACACUCCAGUCGCAGGAUCUACUAGAACUCUUUCUCCCCUUCGAUCUGGACCACGCAUUCUCAGCUGGUUUUGUCCUGGCACUCAUCUCAACCAUCCAACCCUUCCCGGACGCAGCGAGCGAAUCCUCAUUCGAGUUGACAAGAAAUAUCCUUGACGCUCUAGCCGCAGGCUGGAACCUGCCUGCACGGUUUCGGCGCCAGGAACUUGAGCGUCUCCAUGAUAUGUUGCACCUGAUUGAACAGCGAGGUAUCGUGCCUCAGCUCCAAGGUCAAGCAGACAUUCAUGUUCUUGGAGAGCAGGGAAUAUCACCCAACCAAAUACUCAAGGUUGCUAGUUUACUGGAUGGACAUACGAACCUUGGUGCUGAUCUCGAUGAUGUUAAUGGCUGGCUAUGGGAGGUCACUGGUUUUGAGGGUCUCCGUCCCGUUUAA